AUGAGGCAAAAGAUAGUUCUGAAGAUGGAUAUGAGUGAGAGUGAGAAAUCAAUCAAGAAAGCUAUGAAAAUCGCUUCUGGAGCAUCUGGUGUGAGAUCUGUCUCGAUUCAGGGACAGAACGAUCAGCUUGUUAUAGUGGGAGAAGGGAUUGAUACGGCGGAGUUAACUCGUGAACUCCGCAAGAAGGUUUGUCACACGACCAUCGUCACAGUUCAGGCCGCACCACCUCCAACGCCACCGCCGUCGCAGCAAAAGCAGCCAGUGGAAUAUAACAAUGAGGUGGCUCCGGUGAGAAGAUGCAUAUGCGAGAUACCGAAUGUGGGUUACUGUGGGUUUUGUAGAUCUAUGCGUGAAACCCCUUACCAGAUGGUACCUUCGCAGUAUCCACCUCCGGCGAUGUACGGUGGUUACCGUGAAGAUCCUGAUAAUUGCAGUAUCAUGUGA